AUAUGCAGUGUUAGUAUUAUGCAUCGGUGCCACGUUCGCUGUCCCAGAGGUACGCGGAACGCAGUCAAGCUGGCUGCCUCCGCCGGUAACCCCUCCGCUGCCGUCGCCGCCUCCGCGCAUCCUCCUGUGCUUUGGAGCUCGCGCAGGAAGCCCGGCCUGCACUUGCGGAGCAUCGAAGAACCGAGGAUGACGGCGGAGACGGCAGCUCCUUGUGUGCAGGGGAUGCAAGGGGUGCAGACUGCUAUGGCUGGGCAGGGCACACUGCAACAGGUGCAAGAUGGAAAGUCCACCGGCGGUUACUACUCCUCGACUUCCGCCGUCUACGAUCCGGAGUACGCUCGCAUGGAGGCUUGGCUCGACGAACACCCCGACUUUGUCAACGACUACUUUCUCAGGAAAGUGACGAGACAGACCGUAGAUAUGUGGCUGGUCUCGCAUGCGACGCCAACAUCUUCGUCGAGCAGCUGCGUGGAACUAUCCAGUCCAACCCAUGCAGGUGGCACGUCAUCUUCUGGCCGGGGUGGCUCUGGCGGAUCAGGUGCCACGACGCCCGUUCGAAAAAUCUCAGCUCACGAGUUCGAGCGCGGUGGUUUGCUAAAGCCGAUCGUGAACACGAUCGACGGGACGCCCACCUUCCUCAGUGUUUCGCCCGGGGAUUCGGGCCAGCCAGGAGGUCAGCAGGUUGGCUCUGGAAACGCGGGCAGGCCCCAGAGAAGAUCCAGGCACGAAUUGAGGCAUCUAGAUGAAAAGGAUCUCAUCUUCGAAUUGGUGAAGGAUAUCUGCAACGAGCUGGACGUGAGAUCGUUGUGUCACAAGAUCUUGCAGAACGUGAGCACCCUGCUGCACGCCGAUCGUGGCUCCCUCUUCCUUGUCCAAGGCGAAAGGGGCGGCGGAUGCAUGCCGUCUUCGCAGAACCACGAUGCUUUGUCUAAUUCGACUGGCAAUGCGAAUCCAGGGAAAACGGGAAACGGAAACGUGGAGCAACGUGGAACGGGAUAUUCGAGAAGCAGAUGUCUAGUCUCGAAGUUGUUCGACGUGUGCUCGAGAUCGACUCUGCUGGAAAUGGAGAAAAAGGACGAGAUCAAAAUUCCCUGGGGCACGGGAAUUGUUGGAUACGUCGCCGAAAGCGGAGAACCUGUUAACAUACCAGACGCAUACAAGGAUGCAAGAUUCAAUCGUGAAAUUGAUGCAUUGACGGGGUACAGAACCAGAGCCCUUCUAUGUAUGCCGAUAAAGGAUUGCAACGGAGACGUUAUUGGGGUAGCCCAGGUCAUCAAUAAACUCGGUGGUGAAAGUCAGUUCACCACGCAAGACGAAAAGAUUUUUGCUGGUUAUCUGCAGUUCUGUGGGAUUGGAUUAAGAAAUGCACAGCUGUAUGAAAAAAGUCAAUUGGAGGUGAAAAGAAAUCAGGUUCUUCUGGACUUGGCUAGGAUGAUUUUUGAGGAACAGAGCACUAUAGAACAUAUGGUGUUGAGGAUUUUAACUCAUACCCAAUCCUUGAUUCAGUGUCAGCGAGUUCAGGUUCUCCUCGUACAUAAGGCAUCAAAGGGCAGUUUCUCACGAGUGUUUGAUUUCGAGGCGAACGACCUCGCCGGCGAGGAUUCAGAUUCUCGCACUAGUCCAUUCGAGAGCAGAUUCCCUAUAAAUGUCGGCAUCACUGGUUACGUCGCUACGACUGGCGAGACUGUGAAUAUACCAAACGCCUACGAUGAUCCCAGAUUUGAUCCCUCGGUAGAUGAUGGUACUGGUUUCAGACAUCGUACUAUUCUCUGCAUGCCCAUCAAGAACUCGUCAGGUCAGAUUAUCGGCGUUAUUCAACUGAUAAACAAGUUCGAUGACCUUGCCUUCACGAAGAAUGACGAGAACUUCGUUGAAGCAUUCGCCAUUUUCUGCGGCAUGGGAAUUCACAAUACACACAUGUAUGAAAAAGCUGUGAUAGCAAUGGCCAAACAGAGCGUUACGUUGGAAGUGCUCAGUUACCACGCUUCUGCAUCACUAGAGGAUGCUCAAAGAUUAAGGGGUUUAAGAGUGCCUUCUUCAGCGCAUUUCCAGUUGCACGAUUUCAAAUUCGACGAUAUUUAUAUGGAAGACGACCAAACCUUAACAGCAUGUCUUCGAAUGUUUUUGGAUCUUGAUUUUGUUGAACGUUUUCAUAUUGACUACGAUGUCCUUUGUCGUUGGCUGCUUAGCGUAAAAAAGAAUUAUCGAAAUGUCACAUAUCAUAAUUGGCGUCACGCAUUCAAUGUCGCGCAAAUGAUGUUUGCCAUUCUAACUGCUACACAAUGGUGGAAAAUUUUCGGAGAAAUUGAAUGUCUUGCAUUAAUUAUUGCUUGUUUGUGCCAUGAUCUGGAUCAUCGGGGUACGAAUAAUUCCUUCCAAAUCAAAGCAUCUUCGCCAUUGGCACAGCUUUAUUCAACAUCAACGAUGGAGCAUCAUCAUUUUGAUCAAUGUCUUAUGAUAUUGAGUAGUCAAGGAAAUCAACUUUUAUCUAAUCUAUCUCCCGAAGAAUAUUCCCGUGUGGUAAAAGUUCUGGAAGAAGCAAUCCUCUCUACUGAUCUAGCGGUUUACUUCCGAAAAAGAGGAGCUUUUCUUUCCUUAGCUCAAGGCGGCAGUUACAAUUGGGCUUAUAGUGAUCAUCGAGAACUUUUGAGGGGAAUGUUGAUGACCGUAUGCGAUUUGGCGGCUAUAACUAAACCUUGGGAUGUUGAGAAGAGAGUAGCAGAAUUAGUUAGCAGUGAAUUUUUUGAACAAGGAGAUAUCGAAAGGCGGACUCUCAAUAUUACUCCUAUUGAUAUUAUGAACCGGGAGAAGGAGGACCAACUGCCAAUGAUGCAAGUUGGCUUCAUCGAUUCGAUAUGCCUCCCUAUUUACGAGGCAUUCGCUUUAUUAUCGGAUAAAUUGGAACCGUUGGUCGAAGGUGUUAGAAAGAAUAAACAACAUUGGCUUGAGAUCGCGGAAUCCAGAUGUAAGACAGACAACUGCACAAAUCAUGAUAGGACACUGUCAGUGUCCGAUACCGAAGAAACUAGCGAGCAGGCGGACCAGUAGUCAUUAUUUCGGUGGACAAACGAAAACAUAAAAUGGAGACAAAUGUAGACGGGUAAAUAGUUUCUACCUGUUUUUAAAACGAAGAACAAACAGGACAUGUUGUCAAAAGGAGCAACAGGUGAUGACCACUGUCAUACAUUUGGAGAGUUUUGCACCUUCGUCUCGAUACUAGGUAUUACAAGCAUCGUGAGUUAAUUUAUUAAUUUAUAUUAAUUGCCGUGGAACGAUUUUCGCAUCGAUAAUUCAUAGUGUCGUAAUUGUGAAAAAAGAAAAAGAUUUUGCAAUGUCGUAAAAACUUUCAAUUUUGAGGGGUCACUAAUCGUCUCGAUUGCGUGCGAGUUUUGUUUACAUGUGAUUUCAAGUUUCAAAUUUAACACGAAUAAUUUGUUUCAAUUAUCUGGGUAUCUUAAAGAGAAAAAAUUAUUUCUAGCGAGGUUAUGUACGUUUUAUACGUUCGUCGAUGAAAAAAAUUCAAGGAGGCUGAAGGUGAUUAGUUUAAGACGAUUGAGAAGCUUCGUCCUCUCUUUGGUAAUAAAACAGAUCAACCCCGAGAUGCUACUCUUGUACCUGAUCGUAUUGUACGUAUACUUACUAUGGCAGAUCUUUGAUGUCCAGAGAGGACGAAGAAGAAGGACGAUAGGAAAUGAUAAACCCGAAGGAAUCACGGAAAGUUUAUUUUCUUUUCGUAUAUGAUUCCCAUUAUGAAUUGAAGACCUGUGGCCUGUGACAUUUUAUCCUUUCACAUAUAAACAUUAUAUCGACGAUGAAUCACGACGAUGCAUUUUUCUGGAGAAAAUAUAUAGAGUUGCAUAAUAAUCAACUAGAACGUUAUACUAUGGUUAUGAUUGUCACGGUGCAACGGUGCUAUUGCUAGAUACAAUAAUGUAUACUCAUAAAGCGUGUGCUUUUUGGUUAACAGAAUA